AUGUCAAAAUAUUUAUUUGAGGUUGUUCGUAACAAUUGGAUAAGAAACCGAGGAUGGGGCCCUGAGGAUACUUCUGGUGGUUUUCCUUUUGAAGCUGGAGAACCCUUCAUUUUGGAAUUUGUUGCAGCGCCAAAAAAUACAAUAAUUAUAAACAUCAAUAGUAAACGUUUUGCAACUUUCUCUCGUGCGGAUUUGAGUAAAAUUAGUCAAUUAUAUAUUAGUGGGUUGGACACAAUUCAAAUUAACUCCUUGACUAAUUGUCGCAACCCAUUAAUAAAUACAACAACAACGAAAGAACCGACCACCACAACAGAGAGACCAACUACUACAACUGUAGCUCGUACAAGGCCUCCUCCAUUAUGCCUCGGACUAGUUGUGUUAGAUAAUAUGAACACCCCAACAGUACUACAUAUUGAAAAGCUCUUUGGAGGACCUUCUACAACACCAAUACGCGUUCGCAUUAUAAUUCGUGGAACACCUCUAGCACAACCUGAAAGUUUCAACAUAAAUUUUGGAACAUCUGGUAAAAUGUUAGUAGAUGGUAAUGUGCUAUUUCACUUCAGUCCACGUUUUGAUAUCAAGCAGGUUAUACGCAACACAUGGACUGUAGACAAAGGCUGGGAACAAGAAGAGCGCUCUGGAGGCUUCCCUUUUAAAGUCGGAGAGCAAUUUGAUGUUGAAUUUGUUAUAAGUACUUCACCAAUAAAUACAAUUGAGGUUUAUGUAAACAACAGAUUUUUUACCAAGUUUGCACGAUAUGAUUUAAAUAAAGUUACUCAUAUGGAAAUUGAACGGGCAAUCCAGAUCAACGCUAUUUACCUAUGCCCUGGAACUGUAAUAACAGAUAUACCUGAUGAAACAACAACCACACCCUUGAAAUAA